AUGCUUUCUGGCACGCCCCAGGUCUACAACGACGUCGCUCAGGCUCUUCGGCCCGAGGCGCCCCCCGCUGCCGCGGCGGCCUCGCCGGGCGGCCCGGGUCCUCUGGCCGAGGUGGGCGCCGCGUGUCCGGGCGCGCACGCGGCGCCACGCGUCUGGUUCCGAGCAGCGCCUCCAGGGGUUGAGGGGCCGUUCCCUGUCGGGAUGAUGGUGGGCGUGGGGAACGCCUUGUCGCUAUACUGGAACGCGCGGGGCCUGGCUCGGCUGGCUGGGGUCCCCUUCAGCGCCACAGGAGGCCUGAGCGCGCGGCACUUCAUCCGCCACCUGCCCCGCGUGGUGCCCGCGCGGCCAGGCGGGAAUUCCACGGCCCUGGCUGAGGCGUGCGUGGCCUGCUCUCCGCGGGAGGUGCUUCUGUGGCGCUACCCGCACACAUGCUUUGGGGCGUGGUCCCGGAUCCGCAGCGACAUCCAGCGGGACACGCACAGCGCGCUCCGCGCGAGCGGUGCAGAGGGCGCGGCGCUGGCCCGGCUCCGGAGCAGCGACGUGGCGGUGCACCUCCGCUGCUUCCCCGCGUUCAACGUCAACUACCCUCUCGCCGCCUUCUCUCUGUAUGCGGACCUUCCCAGACCGUGGCGGGACGCGAGCGGUCUGCGCUUCCUGCUCUUUGGCGGCAAGUUCGGCCCCGCCUGUGCGCAGGUGGCCGCAGCGCUGGAGGGCCACCUUCAACGGCUCUUCCCCCAGGCGAGAGUGCUGCGGUAUUUCAACACCACCGAGAUGUCUCAUGAGGAGGAUCUGCUGGGCGCCGGCGCCGAGGACGCAGUGGAGGCCGACUUCGCGGCGCUGGUACACGCUCCAGUGCUGGUUCGCGCCCCGGGCAGUUUCUCCCUGUGGGCCGGCCUGGCGCGCCGCCGCGGGCUGGUGCUGUCGGCGGCGAAUCCGCCUGGCUCCACGUGGGCCUGGCAGCAGGCAGACUUCGGGCGCGACUGGACUUGGUCCAGGGCGCCGCUUCUCGGCCCAGAGGUCGUGGAGCGGCACGGCUUCGAUUUCGGCCGGCCGGGGCCGUGGAUCGAGUGGCUGCGCUCGCACUAG